UUAGUCACAGAAGGCCGAGCAGUUGCCUGGCAACUGAAAUUGGCGUUCCAAACAAUUGGGAUCAGGGCUUCUCCGCAUGCUAGGUUGUGUGCGGCUGCGCGGGUCUCUCAUCCCUCUUAAGAGCGCCUCGCUCGGCGUUUUACCAUGCCUCUCACCCCAGACCCUUUCCAGAACUCAGCGUUGGAUAAAGAUGAUUCCUACUUGGGAAAGUCGCGGGCUUCCAAGAAACUGCCAUGUAAAAACCCAACUCACCUUGCUCAGCAACAAGAACCCUGGUGUCGACUCAGCUCAACUCCCACAAUUACCUCCAUGAAACGGGAUGUUUUGUUUUUUUAUUCAGAGAUACCAAAGGAUGACCUGGAUUUCCGCUUAGCAGCCUUGUACAACCACCACACAGGGACAUUCAAGAACAAAAGUGAGAUACUCACACACCAGGAGACCAUCCAGGAUACCCGCAGAAUCAAGACUCAAUUCCCUGGAGAAUUUUUACCUGCUCCCCAACCACCCCCCAUCACUUCCAGAGCUAACAUCAGACAUUGGAUCAACCCUAAGAAGGAGUCUAUUCACAGCAUACAGGGAUCCAUAGUGUCCCCUCACACUGCAGCCACCAAUGGAGGGUACUCCCGAAAGAAUGAUGGUGGUUUCUUCUCCACCUAAGUGUGGACAGGCCCCUGGACUAAUUAAUCAUUGUGGAACAUCCUGCCGACCACCUCCAUUAAAUAGAUUUGUGUAAGUUGAAGCCUGGAGUAUGUGUUACCCGCAGACUACAAGUUGCCACUUGACUACUCUUAAAAUAUGGAAGUUUCUCAACUUCUAGAAACUAAUCCUAUUGGGCAAUAUUUGCAAUUCGGUCAUCUUGCCGAAACAAUAAGGAUUUAGGAUGGAACAGCACUGUUUUUGGCAGGAGACAGGUAUUCACAUUUUGUAAACUGGAGUCAUUCAAACCAUACAGAUAUAUAGCCAUUCAACCUUUCUUGAAAACUUUUCAUGUGUCAGGUGCUGAGCUAAUUGUUAGGGAGACAAGAAUGGGCAUUGUCCAUUCUCUCAAU